CGAAUCGUGAACGGGUGGCGGCCGCGGGCAGUUUGAAUCGGGGUCUGGGCUCCGAGCCGCGGAGGCUGCGCCGGCACCGACUCUGCGAGGGGAUGUGUCUCCUUCCCGGCCGGUAAGUUUACUUACAGAUGUUUGAAUAACAAAGAAAGGAGUCAAAAUGAGCUGGGCCUUGGAAGAAUGGAAAGAAGGCCUGCCUACAAGAGCUCUUCAGAAAAUCCAAGAGCUCGAAGGGCAGCUGGACAAGCUGAAGAAAGAGAGGCAGCAAAGGCAGUUUCAGCUGGAAACUCUGGAGGCUGCGUUGCAGAAACAAAAGCAGAAGGUUGAGAAUGAAAAAACAGAGGGCACAAACCUGAAAAGGGAGAAUCAAAGCUUGAUGGAAAUCUGUGAAAACCUAGAGAAGGCUAAGCAGAAGAUUUCUCACGAACUUCAAGUCAAGGAGUCACAAAUGAAUUUCCAAGAGGGACAGCUGAGUUCAAGCAAGAAACAAAUAGAGAAACUGGAACAGGAACUUAAAAGGUGUAAAUCUGAACUUGAAAGAAGCCAGCAAGCUGCACAGUCUGCAGAUGUCUCUCUGAAUCCAUGCAAUACACCACAAAAAAUAUUCACAACUCCACUAACGCCAAGCCAGUAUUAUAGUGGUUCCAAAUAUGAAGAUCUAAAAGAAAAAUAUAAUAAAGAAGUUGAAGAACGAAAAAGAUUAGAGGCAGAAGUGAAAGCCUGGCAGGCAAAAAAAGCGAGCCAGGCUAUUCCACAAAACACCAUGAAUCACCGGGACAUUGCCCGACACCAGGCCUCGUCGUCUGUGUUCUCAUGGCAACAAGAAAAGACCCCAAGUCGUCUUUCUUCUAGUGCUCUACAAACUCCGAGUAGGAGAGAUUUCUCUGCAUCUCACUUCUCUGGGGAACAAGAGGUGACUCCGAGUAGAUCAACUUUGCAAGCAGGGAAAAGAGAUGCUAACAGCAGCUUCUGUGAUAAUUCUAGCAAUUCUCAUCUUUUGGAUCAAUUAAAAGCCCAGAAUCAAGAGCUAAGGGGCAAGAUUGGUGAGUUGGAACUGCGUCUACAAGGACAAGAAAAAGAAAUGAAAGGCCAAGUGAAUAAAUGGCAAGAACUACAGCUCCAACUGGAGAAAGCAAAGGUGGAAUUAAAUGAAAAGGAGAAAGUUUUGAAUAAAAGCAGGGAUGAACUGGUGAGAACAACAGCACAAUAUGACCAAGCCUCCGCAAAGUGUACUGCAUUGGAACAAAAACUGAAAAAAUUGACUGAAGAUUUGAGUUGCCAGCGACAAAAUGCAGAAAGUGCCAGAUGUUCUCUGGAACAGAAGCUCAAAGAAAAAGAGAAGGAGUUUCAAGAGGAGCUGUGCCGUCAACAGCGCUCCUUCCAAACACUGGACCAAGAGUGCACUCAGAUGAAAGCCAAACUCACCCAGGAGCUGCAGCAGGCCAAGAACGCUCACAACAUCCUGCAGGCUGACCUGGACAAAGUCACAUCAGUAAAGAACCAGCUAGAAAGCAAAUGGGAAGAGUUUAAGCAGAACGCCUGCCGAACCGAGCAGGCGUUACAGGCAAGUCAGAGCAAGGAGAAUGAGCUGAGGAGGAGCUGUGAGGAAAUGAAGAAGGAAAACAGCUUCCUUAAGAGCCAGUCUGAGCAAAGUGCCAGAGAAGUCUGCCAUCUGCAGGAGGAACUGAAGAAGACCAAGCAGUGUUUGACUCAUAGCCAGAAUUUUGCAGAAGAAAUCAAGGCUAAGAAUACUUCCCAAGAAACCAUGUUAAAAGACCUUCAAGAAAAAAUAAACCAGCAAGAGAAUUCCUUGACUUUAGAGAAACUGAAGCUUGCCUUGGCUGACCUGGAAAAGCAGCGUGAUUGUUCUCAAGAUCUGUUGAAGAAAAGGGAACAUCACAUAGAACAACUGAGCGAAAAGUUAAGCAAAACAGAGAGAGAGUCUGAAGCUUUAUUGAGUGCUUUGGAGGUAAAAAAGAAAGAAUUUGAAGAAUUGAAAGAAGAGAAAACUCAGUUUUCUCAUUGGAAAAAUGAAAAUGAACAACUUAUAAAGCAAAUGGAAUCAGAUAAGGAAAGCUUGCUGAGUAAGAUUAAUCAGUUGGAAACUUGUCUUAAGACACAAAAAAUAAAAAGCAAUGAAUACAACGAGAGAGUAAGCAUAUUGGAGAUGGAAAGAGAAAACAUAAGUGUUGAGGUAAGAAACCUCCACAAUAUGAUUGAUAGCAAGACUGUCGAAGUAGAGGCUCAGAAACAAGCUUAUGCAGAGCUACAGCAAAAAGCCGAGUUCUCAGAUCAGAAACAUAAGAAGGAAAUGGAAAAUAUGUGUGUGAAAGUUUCUGAGCUUACUGGGCAAGUUGAAGAUCUGAAGCACAAGCUUCAAUUACUUUCAAGUGAAAUAACAAACAAAGACCAGCGUUACCAAGACCUGCAUGCAGAAUAUGAGAGCCUCAGGGACCUGCUAAAAUCCAGUGAUUCUUUGCUGGCAAAUGAGGCUCAUCACAGAAAUCUUUUGGCCUUUGAGCAGCAGUCUGCAGUGAAUAAUUCCUUUGCAAAUAUAGGAGAACAAGGAAGUAUGCCUUCAGAAAGGAGCGAUUGCCAUGUAGAAGCAGACCGAAGUCCAGAAAAUUCAACCGUCUUACAAAAUAGAGUCAUUUCUCUUGAGUUUUCAUUAGAGUCCCAAAAGCAAAUGAACUCAGAUCUGCAAAAGCAGUGUGAAGAGUUGGUGCAAAUCCGAGGAGAAAUAGAAGAAAACCUUGUCAGAGCAGAACAGAUGCAUCAAAGUUUUGUGGCAGAAACAAGUCAACGCAUUAACAAGUUACAGGAAGACACUUCUGUCCAUCAGAAUGUUGUUACUGAAACUUUAGUUGCCCUGGAGAACAAGGACAGAGAGGUCCAGCUUUUGAAUGGAAAAUUGGAAAGUGAGCAAGCAGAGAUUCAAGAAUUAAAAAAGAGCAACCAUUUACUUCAAGAAUCUUUGAAGGAGCUACAACUUUUGUCUGAAACUCUGAGCUCAGAGAAAAAGGAAAUGAGUUCCAUGCUUUCUCUAAAUAAAAAGAAAAUUGAAGAGUUGACCCAAGAAAAUGGGACUCUCAAGGAACUUAAUGCCACCUUAAAUCAAGAGAAGAUGGAUUUACUCCAAAAAUGUGAGAGUAUUUCACAGUGUAUAGUCGAAGGGGAAAAAAGUAUUUCACAGUUAUCUAAUCAGUAUGAGCAAGAAAGACUUAUUUUAUUACAAAGAUGUGAAGAAACAGGAAAUGCAUUUGAGGAUCUCAGUGAGAAAUACAAAGCAGCACAAGAAACGAACUCCAAAUUAGAAAGUGUGCUAAAUGAAUGCACUAGUGUGAGUGAAGAUAGAAAAAAUGAGUUGGAACAGCUAAAGGAAACAUUUGCAAGGGAACACCAAGCAUUUGUAGCAAAGUUAGCUUUAGCUGAAGAAAGAAACCAGAAUCUAAUACAAGAGUUGGAGUCAUUGCAGGGAGAUCUGAGAGCUGAGAUUGUAGAGAUUCAAAACAAUUCCAAGAGCGAGGCUGAUGAUUUAAAGCAAGAGAUCAUGACUUUAAAGGAAGAGCACACCAAAAUGCAAAAGGAAGUGAAUGCCUUAUCACAAGAGAAUGAGCAGCUGAUGAACUUAAUGAAGAUGAAACAUGAGCAUCAGAAUCUAGAAUUGGACCCGAUUAAUGACUCUGUGACAGAAAGAGACAGUGAGAAGAGUAAAUGUCAUGUUCAACUUCCAAUGGAGUUUGAAGUUAAAGAUACUUCUCAAGACAAUUAUGUUGCACAGUUAGAACAAUUAGAAGCUAAGAUAAGAAAUAUGGAAUUACAACUUGAGGAAAGUGAGAAGGAAAAGAAGUACCUACAGCAUGAAUUACAGAAAAUUAACAGAGAAUUAGAAUCUAGAAAUUUGCUGCAAGGCAUUCAAUCACAAGAAAUUAGUGGCCUUAAAGACUGUGAAGUAGAUACAGAAGAAAAGUAUAUGUCCAUGCUUCAUGAGUUGUCAACAAGUCAAAAGGACAAUGAGCAGCUGCAGUGUUCUCUACAAAUGGCAUUGAACAAGCUGAAUGAGCUAGAGACAAUGUGUGGACUGCUGCGCAGUGAAAAGUUUGAAUUAAUGUCUGAGCUCAAUGACUCAAGAUCAGAAUGUAUCACAGCAACUAGUAAAAUGGCAAACGUUGAGAAACUAGUCAGUGAAGUUAAAAUAUUAAAUGAUGAAAAUGGUCAUUGCCAAGAUAAGUUAGUGGAAGAAAUGCUAGAAGGUGAACAUGGUGAACAACAAAAUUCAGAGACAUCUGUGUCCUUAAAUCCUUUAGAUAAUAGUCACAUCUAUGAGCACUUGACAUUGUCGAGCAAAGAAGUUCAAACGCACUUUGCUGAAUUGCAGGAGAAAUUCUCAUCUUUACAAAGUGAACACAAAACUUUACAUGAUCAGCACAGCCAAAUGAGCUCUAAGAUGUUAGAGCUACAGUCCUAUGUUGACGUGUUGAAGGCUGAAAAUUCGGUUUUGUCAAUGAGUCUUCGAAACUCUCCAGGUGACUUGGUAAAGGAAGGGAAGAUGGAAUCCAGGGAGAGGCGUUCACUGUCACUGUCAUUCUCUUGUGUGGCUGACAGCCCUAGUCUUACUAGCCUGGGGGAAUUAUCAUUUUGCAAAGAUCUUUUAGAACAGACAGGGGAAACAUCCCUUUGGAAUAGUUUGGAAGGGAAUCUUUCUACAAACCAGUCCAACCUAGAGGAGGUAUCUUGUAGCAGUCUGGAGGAGGAGGAUCUGCCCAAGACGACUGUCCCGUCAGCCUCAGAGAAGAGUGUUGAAGAACUCGAGAUCCUCUGUCAGAUAUACCAGCAGUCCCUUAAGAAGCUAGAAGAAAAAAUUGAAAGUCAAGAGGUCAUGAAAAAGAAGGAAAUUGAAGAGCUCAAACAGUUACUAAAUUCUGAAAUGGAAGAGCUCGACUGUCUUCGGAAGCAGUAUUUGUCAGAAAAUGAACAGUGGCAGCAGAAACUGGCAAGCGUGACGAUGGAGAUGGAGUCCAAGUUGGCAGCAGAAAAGAAGCAGACAGAACACCUGUCACUGGAACUCGAAGUAGCACGACUCCAGCUACAAGGUCUGGACUUAAGUACCCGGUCUUUCCUUGGCACCGACCUUGAAGAUGCUAUUCAGGGUGGAAAUGAUAACUGUGACACCAAGGAAUCAGAAGAAUGUACUACUUCAGAAACUAAAGAGAGAACACCAAAGCAGGACAUGCAUCCAAUUUGUGAAAAAGAAGCUCAGCAGGACCUCAGUCUAGAGGAGGAGAAAAGCACCACGCCUGGGGCAGUUCUGCAGACAGGAGAAAGUUCUCAGGAGCUGUCCCCAGAAACCAGUUCUGAUUCCCCACUGGAAGACAAAACCCAGGACUUUCCAGAAUGCAUUUCUGAGUCAUCACUUUCUGGUCCCAAUCCUUUGGUACCUAUGGAUUUUCUAGAGGCUCAGGUAACCACUCAGAAUCUCCAACUGCAGGUAAAAGAGAUAUCAAAUGAAAAUUUGAGAUUACUUCAUGUCAUAGAGGAACGGGACAAAAAUGUUGAAAUUUUGAUAAGCGAAAUAAAAGAGUUAGAUUCAAAACUCAGUUUACAGGAAGUACAACUAACUACCAAGAUUGAAACAUGCAGAGAAUUGGAGGAAACAGUUGAGGAACUUAAGAAAGAAAAAUCCGAUUUAAUGGAAAAAUUGGAAUCCUUUUCUUGUGAUAACCUGGAGUUCCACCAGAGAGUAGAAAGUUUGGAAGGCCUCAACUGUAGUUUAGAAAUGGACACAGCUAAAUUGUCACAUGAAAUUACUGAAGAUAAUGUAGCCAAGGUGAACGACCACUGGAGAGAGAGGUUUCUUGAAGUAGAAAAUGAGCUGCAGAGGAUCAAGUUGGAGAAAGGCAGCAUCGAGCAUCAUGCCCACUCUGUGGAAGCUGACAUAGAGAGAGUUCAAACAGAGAAGCUGCAAUUAGAAAAAGACUAUGAAUCUAAGCAGCAAGUUAUAAGCCAUCUUGAGGAAGAACUCUCUCUGGUCACAAGUGAGAGAAGCCGGCUUCAUGGAGAAUUAGAUACUUUGUCAAAAGAAAAUAAAGAAUUGGACUUGAUGUCUGAAAAGAUGAAGGAGAAAAUUCGAGAGUUGGAAUCUCAUCAAGAGGAAUGUCUACAGCACAUUGAGGUGGUGGGAGAUGAGCUGAAGGACAAAACUCAGCUUCUUCAGAAUCUAUCCUCAGAUAAUGCCCGUCUGCAGGAGCAGCUGCAGAGCUUGGAAAAGGACUCACACAUGCUGUCUUUGGGAAAAAGUGAGCUGGAAAACCAAAUUGGACAAUUGGAUAAUGAGAAAGAAUUGCUUUUAAGGGAAUCUGAAAGCCUAAAGACCAAGUUUCAUGAAUUGGAACAGGAAAAGCUGACCAUUGCCAAGGCCUUGGAGGCUGCAGUAAUGGAAAAAGGCGAGGUCGCCAUGAGGCUGAACUCAACGCAAGACGAGGUGCAUCAGCUGAGAAGUGGCAUUGAGAAGCUGAGGGUACGCAUCGAAGCUGAUGAAAAGAAGCAGCUCCGCGUCUUAGAGAAACUGAAAGAAAGUGAGCGUAAGAAUGAUUUGCUUCAGGAUAAACUUGAGAAUCUUGAAAGAGAAUUGCAGAUAGCAGAGGAAAACCAAGAGAUGGUAAUUCUUGAUGCUGAGAAUUCCAAAGCAGAGGUAGAGACCUUAAAAACACAAAUAGAAUUGACCACUGAACGCCUGAAAGCUUUAGAAUCAAACCUUGUCACAAUACAGUCCGAAAAAGAAAAUCUGACUAAGCAGCUACAAGAAAAACAAGAUCAGGUGUCUGAAUUAGACACGUUACUCUCUUCAUUAAAAAAUCUAUUAGAAGAAAAAGAGCAAGAAAAUAUGCAGACAAAAGAAGAAUCUAAAGCUGCAGUGGAAAUGCUUCAAACAGAAUUGAAAGAGCUGAACGAGGAGGUGUCAGCCUUGUUUGAUGACCAAAAAACCAGGGAGGUCAGAGCACAGAGCCUGGGCUCCCCAGUGCAGGUCGUGCACCAGCUGAGAAAUAGCAUUGAAAAACUGAAAAUCCACCUAGAAACUGAUGAAAAGAAGCAGCAGGAAAGUAAGCAUCAUGCAGACUUGCUUAAGGAUAGAGUUGAAAACCUUGAAAGAGAACUAGAGAUGUCGAGAAAAAACCACGAGCUUGUGAUUCUGGAAGCUGAGAACUCCAAAGCAGAGGUUGAUACCCUAACAGCAAAAAUUGAGGAGAUGGCCCCAAAUCUGAGAGAUUUGGAAUUAAAUCUUGUCAAUAUAAGGUCAGAAAAAGAAAAUCUGACAAAAGAAUUACAAAAAGAGCAAGGACGAGUAUCUGAAUUGGAAACAUUAAAUUCUUCAUUUGAAAAUCUACUGCAAAUAAGAGAGCAAGAGAAACUUCAGCUGAAAGAAGAAUCUAAACUUGCUGAGGAGAGGCUUCAGGCUCAAUUAAAAGAGCUAAAGGAGAAAGUGGCAGCCUUGUGUGAUGACCAAGAGACCUGGAAGGCCAAACAGCAGGAUCUGAGUGGUCAGGUAGAUUAUCUUGAACAUGAGAAGUCUAAGUUGCUGCAAAGCCUUGAUGAGGCCAAAAGUAAUUACACUAUUUUGCAAUCUUCUGUGAAUGGCCUCAUCCAAGAAGUCGAAGAUGGCAAACAGAAACUCCAGAAGAAGGAUGAAGAAAUCCAUGUACUCAAAAAUCAAAUCCAAGACCGAGAGCAGCUUGUCUCUAAACUGUCCCAAGUGGAAGGAGAGCAGCAAGUUUGGAAGAAGCAAAAAGCAGACCUGGAGAAUCUGAUGGUAGAAUUGGAGCAAAAGAUCCAAGGGCUGCAGUCCACAAAUGACACUUUGCAGCACACCUUCGAAGCGCUGCAGACUUCUUACAGGGACCUGGAGAAAGAGCUGGAAUUGACAAAAAUGGAAAAAAUAUCCUUGGUUGAAAAAGUGGACACUAUGACUUUGAAGGAAACUGAGCUGCAGAGGGAAGUACACGCGAUGAUGCAGAAAAUGACGGGUUUGGAAGCAGAAGUCAGUGGGGAGAAAAACAGGCUCACUGAAGAAUUAAAUUUAAUGUCGGAAGAAAUAAAGACCAGCAAAGGUCAAUUGAAGGAAUUCAUGCUAGAAAAUAGUGAAUUGAAAAGGAGCUUGGAUUGCCUACAAAAAGACCAGAUGGAAAAGCAAGAGAAAAUGAGAGAAGAAAUAGCUGGAUACCAGCUACAGCUCCAGGAAGCUGAAAAGAAACACCAAACUUUGCUUCUGGAUACAAACAAACAGCAUGAAAUGGAAAUCCAGACCUAUCGGGAGAAGUUGGCGUCUAAGGAAGCGUGUCUCAGCUCCCAAAAGGUGGAGAUCGACCUCUUGAAGUCCAGUAAAGAGGAACUCAAUAGCUCUUUGAAAGCAACCACCGAGCUUUUAGAGGAACUGAAGAGAACCAAGACGGACAACCUAAAAUACACCAGUCAGCUGAAGAAGGAAACGGAGCGUGCCCAGGGGAAAAUCAAGCUGUUGAUCAAAUCCUGUAAGCAGCUGGAAGAGGAGAAGGAGCUGCUGCAGAAGGAGCUGUCUCGCCUGGAAGAUGCCGCGCGGGGGAAACAGAACUCAGGUCCUGUUGUGGAUGUUAAUGUAGAUGAAUUAAAGACCGAGGUGAAAGAACUGAAAGAAACCCUCGAAGAGAAAAGCAAGGAGGCAGACGAGUAUCUGGAUAAGUACUGUGCGCUGCUUAUAAGCUAUGAGAAGUUGGAGAGAGCCAAAGAGAUGCUAGAAACACAACAAUCUCAACCCAAUGUCCGAAGUUCUCCUUCGCCGAAGUCAGUUGUCCCGGGAUCGUCUCCAGUCCCUUCUGUCACCGAAAAGCAGAAGUCGUCCGGCCAAAGUAAAGGUUCAGGCAAAAGGCAAAGGAACAGUGGGAUUUGGGAGGAUGGGGGAGGAGCAGCCCCGUCCACCCCAGACUCGUUUCCUAAGAGAAGCCGGAAGGCGGUCCGCAGUGGCGCUCACCCUGCCGGGGACGCAGAAGACACCGAGUUUGAGCUCGAGGGGCUUCCAGAAGUUGUAAAGAAAGGGUUUGCUGAUAUCCCAACGGGAAAGACAAGUCCCUAUGUCCUGCGAAGAACAACCAUGGCAACUAGGACCAGCCCCCGCCUUGCUGCCCAGAAGUCAACUCCAUCCCCAUCCAAUAUCCACAAAGAGAACCAGGCCGAGGCCUCCAAACCAACAGCUGGUGGCAGCAGAUCACAAAAGGUCAAGGUUGCUCAGCAGAGCCCAGCGGAUUCAGGCAGCAUCUUCCGAGAACCCCCCGCAAGACCUCUCUCGGUCAGUAACCUUCCUGAGAGACGUUCGGCUGGCAGCCCCAGGGAGGGCCUGAGGUCCAAGCGAGGCCAGCCCGCCCCCAGCCCAGAAGCCGGUACCAAGCCCAACGAGAACUGUCGGGUCCAGUAGAAGAGACUUGUGUGUUAGGACCCUGGCAGGUGGCCGACAGGGGCUUGUCAGUGGGAAGAAAACAGUUCCUUGUCCAUCUCACUACAUUGAACUCUUUGGAUCCCCCGUUAGAAGUAUUAGAAAAGUUUGGAAGCCCCGAUCACCUUCCUCAUUACACUCUUCAGAGCUGGAAAUUGUAGUGUAGAAGGGAGGCUUUUUGUAAUGUGGCAUUGAGUGGCAAGCGCUAUAUCAUAUAACUUCUGUUUGUGUGUGGAUUUCAUACUAAAAAAAUGCGAAACAUUUUUCCAAUGAACAGCUCCCAGGAAAAUGGAAACUUGCCUUACGCUGUUUCCUAUGUUUAGUGUUGGGCAUGAGAUAGUUUCAGAUGGAGAAUUCCUUUGAGCUGAGUAAAAUGAAGGAAAACCAUGUUACAUGUUCCUAAGGAAAACAUGCUCACAUAUACACAUAUCGCUGUGUCCACCCUUCUCUUCCCAUGUGUUUUCUAAACCUUUGCUUCUACAACAUGUACAUAUUUGUGUGUGGUGGCGGUGGGAGCUGUAUGUUUAUUUCCAAGUGGCCUGGUUGCAGGCUCCUCAAAGAUGUAAUAUUUCAAAUUUUCUGUCAUUGUGAUGUUUUUUGUUUUCUUAAGACCGGUUUGAUGUACAUUCUCACAAACAGUGGUGUUAUAUUAAAAUAAGGCUUUUUUUCUUUCUAAUAAAAAAAUCACCUUUGUUUCUAUCAAAA